UGGAAGUGGGGGUUUCCUUGGCAAAACAAUGCUUCACAGUGAAAGCAGAGAAAGCUUCUGGCCCUAAGAAGGUGGGAGUUGGAGAGGAACUUGGUCUGAGAGGCACAGGCAUGUGGAGCAGACCCCACUCCUUACUGGUAGUGGGUUUCCAUGCACAGGCUGGAUUCCUCCCCCUUCUCUCAACCCAAACCCUGACCCAGAGAGCAGAGUCUGAUUUGGAAGCUGGAGGACAAAGCCAUGUAAGGUCUGUGGAUAUCACUGCCGCCAGCUCAGACCCGCCUCCCAACUCGGGCUCCAGCCUCCCUGUUCCCCACCCUCAGCAAAAGCAUCAGAAAACAAAGGCGUUCUGCUAGCGUCCAGACUCCUAAGCAAGAGGAGUCCAUUUCUGCUAAAAGCCUGUCCAUCCUCAAGAACGAUGACCCAGAAGACCACCCUGGUGCUUCUGGCUUUGGCUGCCAUCACCAUCUUUGCCUUGGUUUGUGUCUUGUUAGCUGGUAGGAGCGGAGAUGGAGGUGGACUGGGCCAACCUCCUCGUUGUCCUUCCAUUCCUCCUAGUGCCCAGCCCUGGACCAAUCCUGGCCAGAGCCAGCUGUUUGCAGACCUGAGCCCUGAGGAGCUGACAGCUGUGGUGAGCUUUCUGAUCAAGCACCUGGGACCAGGGCUGGUGGAUGCAGCCCAGGCUCGGCCCUCGGACAACUGUGUCUUCUCAGUGGAGCUGCAGCUGCCUGCUAAGGCUGCAGCCCUGGCCCACCUGGACAGAGGGGGGCCCCCACCUGCCCGGGAGGCGCUGGCCAUCAUCUUCUUUGGUGCACAACCCCAGCCCAAUGUGACUGAACUGGUGGUGGGGCCCCUGCCUCACCCAUCCUACAUGCGGGAUGUGACUGUGGAGCGUCAUGGUGGGCCUAUACCCUAUUACCGGCGUCCUGUGCUAGCCAGAGAGUAUAUGGAUAUUGAGCAAAUGAUCUUCCACAGAGAGCUGCCCAAGGUUUCUGGGCUCCUCCAUCAUUGUUGCUUCUACAAACACGGGGGACACAACCUGCUAAAAAUGACUUCAGCCCCCCGUGGUCUGCAAUCAGGGGACCGGGCCACCUGGUUUGGUUUGCACUACAACCUCUCAGGGGCUGGUUUUUACCUACAACCUAUUGGCUUGGAGCUGCUGAUAGACCACAAGGCCCUGGACCCUGCCCUAUGGACCAUCCGGAAGGUAUUUUAUCAAGGCCGCUACUUUGAGAGUCUGGUUAAUCUGGAGGACCAGUUUGAGGCCGGCCAGGUAAAUGUGAUGGUGGUACCAGCCAAUGGCACAAGUGGGUCCUGGUCCCUAAAGUCCUCAGUGCCGCCAGGUCCAGCUCCCCCCCUGCAGUUUCAUCCCCAGGGACCCCGUUUCAGUGUCCAGGGGAGUCGAGUGGCCUCCUCUUUGUGGACUUUCUCUUUUGGCCUUGGAGCUUUCAGUGGCCCAAGGGUCUUUGAUAUCCGCUUUCAAGGGGAGAGAGUGGCCUAUGAAAUCAGUGUCCAGGAGGCCAUAGCCCUGUAUGGUGGCAAUUCGCCAGCAGCAAUGACGACUUGCUAUAUGGACGGUAGCUUUGGCAUUGGCAAAUACUCUACCUCCCUGACCCGUGGGGUGGACUGUCCUUACCUCGCCACCUACAUGGACUGGCAUUUCCUUCAGGAAUCUCAGGCCCCCAAGACACUACGCGAUGCAUUUUGUGUGUUUGAACAGAACCAGGGCCUCCCGCUACGGCGACACCACUCAGAUUUCUACUCCCACUAUUUUGGAGGUGUUGUGGAGACUGUGCUCGUGGUCAGAUCUGUGGCUACCUUGUUCAAUUAUGACUAUGUGUGGGACAUGAUCUUCCACCCCAACGGGGCCAUAGAAGUCAAAUUCCAUGCCACAGGCUACAUCAGCUCAGCAUUCUUCUUCGGUGCUGGUGAAAGGUUUGGAAACCGAGUUGGGGAGCACACGCUGGGCACAGUGCAUGCCCACAGUGCUCACUACAAAGUGGACCUGGAUGUGGCAGGGUUGAAGAACUGGGCCUGGGCAGAGGACAUGGCUUUUGUCCCCAUGAACGUACCUUGGAGUCCCGAGUACCAGAUACAGAGGCUGCAGGUGACCCGGAAGCUACUGGAGACAGAAGAGGAGGCUGCCUUCCCCCUGGGGAGUGCCACCCCACGCUACCUGUACCUGGCCAGUAACCACAGCAACAAGUGGGGCCAUAGGAGAGGCUACCGCAUCCAGAUACUCAGCUUUGCUGGGGAGCCACUGCCCCAGAAAAGCCCCAUAGAGAAAUCCAUCAGCUGGGGGAGGUACCACUUGGCUGUGACACGGAGGAAGGAGGAGGAGCCUAGUAGCUCUAGCAUCUUCAACCAGAAUGACCCAUGGACCCCCACUGUGGAUUUCACUGACUUCAUCAAUAAUGAGACCAUCGCUGGGCAGGACUUGGUAGCCUGGGUAACAGCUGGCUUUUUGCACAUCCCACAUGCAGAAGACGUUCCCAACACGGUGACCGUGGGGAACGGGGUGGGCUUCUUCCUCCGGCCCUACAACUUCUUUGACGAAGAUCCCUCCUUCUACUCGGCCGACUCCGUCUAUUUCCGAGACGACCAGGAUGCCAGUGCCUGUGAGGUCAACCCCCUGGCUUGCUUGUCCCAGACUGCCACCUGUGCGCCAGACCUCCCUGCCUUCUCCCAUGGAGGCUUUAUUCACAAAUAAGUGUCCCGUGGAUGGACAGUCUAGCCAAGGCCCUUAGGAUAAGAGGUGGGGAGAGCAGCAGCUGGCAGUGUACAGGGCCGUCUGUUUCUUCCGUCCACACGUCUCUGAUGUCUCCUCUCUCUUCUGCUGCACUUCCUGUCUCUCUCUCCCUGCCUGGAACAUCUUGAGCAUGAUGCCCGACACACAGGGACACUGGCCUUUGUUGAGAGUGGCUGUACUGAGUUCCUGCCUCGGGAGCCUGGCUAGGAGUCUAGAGAGAUGGCUAUGGGCUUUUUCAGACGGUUCCUUUUUUCUUUUUUCUUUUUGGCUUUUAUUAAAAAUUUUAUGGUCAAUUUGAAGACUCUGCUAUGAGGAUAAUCCUCUAGAGACCCCAAAGUAGGGACUCCCUGAGUCUUGACCAUCCACAGACGAGCCGUGAAGGGGACUCCUGCCCACAAUCCUGUCCACUUAAGCCUCUUCCAUCUCCCCUUCCUCUCUCUUGCCCACACCUCCUGGAUUCCUGCUUACUCUUAUAUUCCAUGAUUUCCCACUCAGUCCAAAGGGACGUCUGUCCUUCAUGUCCUCUCAGCCCUCAUUUCUCAACUGUGGUCCCUUCCUCUGGUCCCGAGGCUGUGGAAAUCUCAAAGAUGCAAUGGAACGUCUUAUUGGAGAGGACCAAGCUUGUUUGUCUCCUAACAUCUACCAUGUAUCAAGAGUAGGAGUUUCCCCGCUACAGUCCUGCUCUGCACUCUGUAUAAGAAAAUGGUCUAGAGACAGCAGGUGGCUCGAAGUUGCUAGGAUUAUGACAAAUGGUUAUUUUAUUCCAUGGCUCUACAUGACUACGGCCUCUGUGCCCUGUAGUAGCCAGUUUGGGACAGUGGAAUAGAAACCAUGUGUUGACCUCAAAGGUGAGAAGCAGAAAGCUCUGAGACGCCGUGCCCAAACCAAGGGCUGUCCAAUCAGAGGCAAGCAUGCAAAUGAGUAUGAGAGAGAGAAAGAGAAAGAGAGAGAGGCAUGGCUUGGUGGGACCUGCUUUUCCCAUCACUGCUUGACUUUCUUGAGAUCUGGACAGGGACGGUACAAGGAAACACCAAGUGACUGGAAACAAGGCACAUCGUUCCCGAGCAGACUGACCAGGCCAGGCCCAUUGUGACACAGUCUUACAGUGCAAUCCAACUAAGCUAAAAACUGUUAGGUGUCAUUACAUGUUAGUAGGAAGUAACCUUCAGAGGGAAAGGGCAUGUAGAAAUGUUUAUGGUUCAUUCCUAGCUUGUGUUUUUAUUUUUUUUAUUUUUAUUUUUUUUGGGUUUUUCGAGACAGGGUUUCUCUGUGUAGCUUUGCGCCUCUCCUGGAACUCACUUGGUAGCCCAGGCUGGCCUCGAACUCACAGAGAUCCGCCUGGCUCUGCCUCCCGAGUGCUGGGAUUAAAGGCAUGCGCCACCACCGCCCGGCUAGCUUGUGUUUUUAGAGGGAGGAGAAUAUAGAGGGAUGUGAUGGUACACAGCUAUAAUCCCAGACUCCACGUUGGGGGCUUGACCAAGAGCUACAUAGUGAGACCUUAUCUCACAAAACCAAGGGCUAGAAAUGUGGCUCAGUGGUAGAGUACCUGAGGCACAGCUAUUUUGUUUGGUGUUUUUGUUUUUCUUUUAUCUUUUUUUGUUUUUCAAGACAGGUUUCUUUGUGCAACAGCCUUGGCUGUCCUGGAACUUGCUUUGUAGACCAGGCUGGCCUGGAACUCACAGAGAUCCUCCUGCCUCUGCCUCCCAAGUGCAAGAAUUACAGGCGUGUGCCACCACUGCCUAGCUCCGAGGCACAGUUUUACAAUAGAUAUAUUUUUUUGCCCAUCAUGUCCAGGGUCUUGGGCUUAAUUCUCAGCACUGUAGAGAUGGCUCAGUGGUUAAGAGUGGACACACUGCCCUUGCAGGGGACCCAAGUUGGGUUUCCAGCAUCCAUAUUAAGUGCUCACGACUACCUGUAACUCCAGCUCCAGGAGAGCCAAUGUUCUCUUCAUGGGUACCUAUACUCAGGCACAUACCCCCACACAGACACACACAUACAAAUAGAAAUAAAAGAAUACUUUAAAGACAAAAGAAAAACUGAAAACGAGGAGGUUAUAAGUGCAUACUUGUUUAUUUCUGCAUUGAGAAAUGAGUAACACCAAUUGCCUCCGGGGAGGAAGAUGGGUGAGAGCAGACACUGGGUACUGCAUGCCAUUCUGGGAACAUCCUGAAGUUUGAACCAUGUGACUAUAUUGCUUCAUCAAAAUAAAUAAGUGGGCCCAA